AUGGAUCGACUAUGUCUGUGGAUUCUCCCUGCAGCUCUUUUCUGGUUGCAACAUGCUCGAGCCACGGGAGCAUUCACCUGCCGCUGCUUCCCUGGCGAACCCUGUUGGCCAUCAGCGCGGCAGUGGAGCGACUUCAACGCGACUCUCAAUGGCCGACUCAUAGCCACUGUACCCAUUAGCAGUGUGUGUCACACCAGGGGAGAGUUCGCUGCCUAUGACGAGCGGGCCUGCGCUGAUUUGAUCUCGAAUUGGCAGCGCCCUAUCACUCACUAUGCGACCAGCUCUUCACCCAUGGCCGCCUGGUUUGCCAAUUUUUCAUGUAGCCCGUUCCUAUCAGCAGAGACUCCCUGUACUGCGGACGCACUCCAGCGAUAUGCCGUCAAUGUCAGUGGGGUUGAGGAUGUCCAGAAGACGUUGCAAUUUGCCCGGGAGCAUAAUAUUCGCCUGGUCAUUCGCAAUACUGGUCAUGACUAUCUGGGCAAAUCGACCGCACCGGGUGCACUUGCUCUGUGGACCCAUCACCUGAAGGAAAUCCGCCAUCUCCACUAUACAUCCCCAAGUUACAACGGUUCUGCAAUGCGGCUGGGUGCAGGCGUCCAGGGCUUCGAGGGAAUGAUGGCGGCCUACACGCAAGGCAAGGUGAUUGUGACCGGAAACUGCGAGAGCGUUGGAGUGGUGGGUGGUUACACCCAAGGCGGGGGUCACGGUCAGCUUGCUUCGCAAUUUGGGCUGGCGGCAGAUCAGGUUCUGGAGUGGGAAGUGGUCACUGCAGCUGGGGAGCUGCUUAUAGCCUCGUCCACCGAUAAUUCCGAUCUAUUCUGGGCUUUGUCGGGAGGUGGAGGGGGCACAUUCGGGGUAGUCCUUGGUGUCACAGUCAAAACACACCCAGAAAUGGCUACUGCAUCAGCGACCCUGUCCUUCGGCGGACCUGGUGCAGUUCCAAGCAUUUUCUGGGAUAUUGUGAGGACAUUUGUUGUGAGCAUAACUCCGCUGAUCGACGCCGGCGCUGUUGGGAUUUGGGAAAUUAUGGGAUCGUCGUUCAGGUUGACUCCUAUCGCAUUACCCGGUGGCACCGUUCAGCAGCUACAAGAUGCCCUAGCGCCUACGCUUGUCCUUUUGCAGCAAUACAAUCUUACCCACGAAUACCAUAUCAAUAACUUCUCCACCUUUUGGGAAAGCUAUGGUGCAAUGAACCCACCCAGCAAUAUCACAGAGGCCCAGCUCGGCGGUCGAUUGAUACCUCGAAAAACUCUCGAAUCCAACCCGGACGGUCUGAUAUCAGCACUAAAGAGCAUUGCCGCCUUAGGCGUAGUAAUUUCGGGUGUCUCAUUGAACGUCUCUCGUGCCGCAUUACCAUACAAUGCUGUGAAUCCAGCCUGGCGUGAAGCUGCCAUCUCCGUUGUGCUUGGAACGUAG